UUCUUCUUGUGUCUUUCCCAUUCUAAGGGCUGUAUACAGAGAAGGCUGGAUUCCUGACUUGAUGAAAUGUCACUCAUAGACAGCACAUCCCAGAAUCUACCCAUUCAGCCAAGCUAAAUGCUGUUUCCGUCUUCUCACUUUCCACGUUUGACUGCCAAAUAGGAAUGAAGGUGCUUAUGGGGUUGAAGAUGCUGAAGCCACAAGUUCUGAUGCUGAUGCUGAUGAUGCUCAUUCCGCCAGUGCUGCUGGUAGUGGUGAGUCCUAUUUGGACCCCAGCCCAAAUAACAUUGAAGUCAGUGGGAAUCUUUUUGUUGACGUCUACGGCCAUUGGAGAGUAAACAUGAAAGGUCCCAUCCAUUGGCUAAAGCCAGAAGGGACACUCAAACAGUGAGAUCACACUGCCCAUCUCUCUUCCUGUGGACAAAGACAAGGGAAGUACAGGAUUUAAAGUCAUAGUCCAGGACUUCAGACCCAAGCUGUGGACCCUCCAGCACAAACAAAGAAAUGAGUGAGCAGUCAGUGACCUUUGUGGACCUCAGAUUUCAUACUCCUGCAGAGCAGAAGAGAAAACGAAGACCAAAGCAUGCCAGGGUCACAGAAUCUCCUCCAUCUUCACAGUGGCUCCUUACAGUGAUUCUGGGGCUCCUCUGCCUGGCUUUGGUAGUAACUGCAAGGGUUUGGGGUGCCAUGGUUCUCCAGGCUUCCCAUCAAGUGAGAAGACAGAAUGAGGAACUUAUCCAGAAACUGGCUAUUCUGAAAAACUUCACUCAAUUGCAGGAAACUCUGACAAACUGCAUGCAGCAAAGAGACGAUCUCCAAGCCAAUAACACAGAACUCUCAAAUGUUCUGAAUAAGAAAGUAGAUAAAUGCAGCUCUUGCCCUGAGGGCUGGAUACAGCAUAGAGGGAAGUGUUACCAUUUUACUAAUGAAAGGAGCUCCUGGCAGAAGAGUAAAAAAUACUGCUCGUCUCAUGGGUCUAGACUGCUGAGGAUAGAGAACAAGGAAGAACUGGAUUUCAUAAACAGACAGGCGUGUUUUCACUGGAUUGGACUAUUCCGUAAGGGAGCUACUACAAACUGGAUGUGGGAGGAUGGCACAGCUCAUUCCACUGACCUGUUCCAAGUAAAGAAGCAAGAGCCUGGAGAGUCCUGUGUACUUCUGAAUGCAGGAGAAGCCACCUCCUAUAACUGUACACAACAAUAUCGCUGUAUUUGUGAGAAGAGAGCUGCUUAGCUGAAGCCUGCUGAACAACACGGGAGGAUCACAGCAUCCAUGAGACACAUACCCUGGGAUGUUCCAAAGACAAAGAGAAAUCACAACCCCUUCAAUUUGCUGUGUUACCCUUCAGACUGAGGGGCUGCAGUUUCAGGUGAUAAAACAAACAGCAGACUGUCAAGAAGCAGGGCAGACACCCCAAACUGGAAUCUUCUCCAGCCAACCAGCCCACUCCCACCAUACUGAAUGACUGUCAUUCCCAUCUGGGUUGAUAAGAGUUGAUUUCAGAGGCCAUUAGUGUAAAUAUUAAUAAAUACUUUGUAAAAAAUAUAGUGUUGUUUGUGCACGGGGUGUUUUACGGAAAAAUACAAUUUGCCCCAAAGAACUUACCAGUAAAAUCAAACAAAAUACAAUAAAUGAGGCUCAUACAGAGACAAAAGAGGAAUGGGAGAGGAAGACAAGCAUUCAUAAUAGUGACAAUCACCAUCUUGGUGCCUGGGGAUUGAGCUGGGGAUGUCUAGAGCUAAAAGCCUGAGUCAGGAAAAUAACUCCCUAGCUGGCAGCUAUAACAGACUCACAUGCUCUGUGGGUGGGGCACACAGGGGUAUGUGUCACUCACACUCAGCAGUGGGUUACAUACUUUCCCUGAAUGGAGAAAGCUGGUUUCAUGUGUCUCAGGCUCACUGCAGUUUGAAUCCCAGAUCAGCUUCCAUUUUAUAGCAACUGCAAUCUUGGCUAUGACCACGGAUUGAACUGGAGGCCUCCAAAGCUAACAUCAUGAGUCUCUACAGCUUGAGAUAAACAAAUGAAGUGCUUUAAUUUUGCACUGUCACCCUGCCUGGAGUGGCUCAGGACCAUGAGUGUCAACCUCAGGGCAGAUUGUGAAGAAGCAGGGCAGAGACUGCAAACUGGCUGUGUGUUCUAUUAUUAGAUUUCACAAACCCAGUAACAAGUGUGAACUCCUAAAGCACUAUAACAGCCUUACUGUGGAGUCACAGACAGUCCCCUUGGGCAUUCCCGUCUAUCUUCCCAGCCUGGCAACUGGACUAUGUUAUAACUGGUUACUUUAUCAAAACCACAGCAAUAUUCAGCAAAAAAGAAUAGGGUACUCCCAGUACCAAAGGACCAAUCACAUACCCCAGGUCAGUUUGUACCUGAGAUCUCACACCAAAGACAACCCUUGUAGACAAUCCUAUAGUCAACUAACUAAGGAUUUAUUAUCUAAGAAAAUAAAUUAGUAUUUGCAAGGUUAAAGCAGGCAGACUUAAAUACACAAAUGAGUUACAGUCUAUGUUUUCAAAAGGUGACAGAGUUGUAGUAAUCUGUCAGCUCUGAAUGUCUUUUAGACCAAACACAGGUUGACCCUGGGUAGCUCUGCUUCUGUUCCAUAGCUACAACCCUGUGAGAAUCCAAUUAACAAAAGAUGAAAAAUUUUCUUCUCAGCUAUUUUUAUUUCCUUCUUCCAGAAUUCAGUGAGCUUUGUAUCAGGGCUUUUGGAGGCUUUGUGCUGAGUGUUGGGAAAACAGAGCUGUCCCUCCUCCCCUCCUGUUUGCGUACUUUACGGAUGCUCGUUUAGAGUCCCAGUCUAAAUGUGUCUGAAGUUAUUCUCGGGAAUGUUCACAGUCUCCUUCAACAACCUAUUUGUUCAGAAUUUUUUAACAAGAAUUGAAAUGACAAUAAGAGAUGAAGGGCUGGAUUCCUAGCUGGUGUAACUUGAUAUAGAGCCACUGAAGUCAAUGAAACUUCACCAAAUCAUACCAGCUGAAGACCUUUCCCAAGUCGGUCUCGCUUGCACAGGGCCAGGUUAGACCCUGCCAGCCCCAGGAUCAGGGAGAAUAAGGCUUAGAGCUGGUAUUUAGUGAAAGUGCCUGGACUUGUUUUGUAGAAGCUGUGGUUUAAUGUUUGUAAUAUUUAAAUGAUCCCAGCAAAGUGCUGAAUUUCCCUUGUUGAGGUGGGCGUCUGCAUCUGUGAGAAGCUGAGCUGCUGUUGUGGUUUCACAGGAGCAAUUUCUUUGCUUGGCAGGUUGAAGAACUUAAUAUAUUGAUUACCUUCUUGUUGCAAUUAUUAAUAAUAUUUGAAAUUAAUAUGGGAGACCACCAGAUAAUAAUUUCACCUUAAAUUCCUAUAUUAACUCUAAAAUAUUAUUGUAUACAAUUGUUCUAAACAUGUCUAACAGCCUAAAAAUAAGUCAUCACUGCACCCAAUACAGUAUCAAAGCAUUCAUAAACAUCUGAUCAGUAUUCUUACAACUAGGCCAGACCUAAGGAACUCAGUGUCAUCCUGGCAUGAUUCAGCAUGCUCAGGUUUGGUCUGACAAGGUACCAUCAGAUUCAUGGUUCUCUUUAUAUCCUUCAGCUAACUUGCUACCCUUAACGAAAGCCCUGUCUGAAGCAGUUUAUUCUGACUACUUUCCUUCCACCAAUGUCCUCCUUUCCUCUCUCCUCCCCCCUUCCUUGCUUACCAGUGGAACCCAGGUUUGUGUGAUGCUCUUUACCUCAGGGGAACACCCUACACCCCCAAGUUCAUCUUUAUAAAAUGAUUGUGUGGUAUCCAAUGCAAAGUUUGUCAUGUUUGGUGUCUUUGGAAGGCUCAUGAGGUUGUUAUAGUAAUUGUUACAGUAAUGUUAUAGGUUGUAAUUUCAUAUAUACAGUUAUGAGGCUGAAAAUGUACCCCCAUGGCUUAAAAUAACUCCAGGCAAAAACUCUCCAAGAGCAGAGAGGCAGUUCACACCCCAUCAGGACAAACCCAGCCCAGCCUCACAGAAAUAAAAGACGCUGGCCUAGCCAGCAACAAAAGAAUCUGUUAGACUUUCGAGGGAGUCACCCCCAUUCCUUUGGUCAGUUUGGAACUGCAAUGAGGUAAUGCUCACCUGACUUUGAAGGGGGGGACAAAGCAAAGAGGGAAGAAAGGACAUGAUAAAAGGGAGAGACGUUUGCCACGCUCUCUCUCUCUUCUCUACCUACACCUACAGACACCACAACAAGUGACUGAAAGGCUGAUCAAAGGGGAGAGCCAGGCUGAAGAGCAACCAGCCAGCCUGUGGUGAGAAGCAUCUAAGUUUGUAAGGGCAUUGAAAGUGUUAAGAUCAGCUUAGAAUGCAUUUUGCUUUUAUUUCAUUUGACCAAAUCAGACUUGUUAUGCUUUGACUUAUAAUCACUUAAAACCUACCUUUAUAGUUAAUAAAUCUGUUUGUUUAUUCUGCCUGAAGCAGUGUGUUUGGUUUGAAGCGUGCCAGAUACUCCCUUUGGGUGAACAAGCCUGUACAUAUCAAUUUCUUUGUUAAAUUGAUGAACUCAUAUAAGCUUGCAGCAUCCAGCGGGCAUAACUGGACACUGCAAGGCGGAGGAGGUUCCUAGGGUAAUGUCUGGGACCGGAGAUAUUGGCUAGUUUCAUUUGGUUGCACAAUCCAAGGAGCAGCUUACAUGCCAGAGGCUGUGCAUGAACAUCCCAGGAGUGGGGGUUCUCACAGCACAGCAGGGUAAGGCUGGCUCCCAGAGUCAAGGACUGGAGUGAACUAGAAGAUCACCCAUCCCGAUAACAUCAGAGGGGAAUGUCACAGUUUGCGCUUGUUUCUUUUAAGACAGUUUUUUUUCUUGUUACUAUAGCCCUUUAUUUUAUUAGUUUUUUUUUAACCAUACAUUCUUUCCACACUACAAUCUGGUCUUAACUUUAUUUUCACGGCCUUCUUUUAUUCGCUGCUUAGGGCCUUUUCCCUACUAGCCACAAACUGUAAAGCAAAUACAUUAAUUUCUUAACCAAAUGUAAGCUAACUUUAAUUCUUUUAAUUUCAUAACUAUCUUUACGCUUGUGAAUACUUACAAUCCAGCUUACUGAAGACCUAGUGGCUUAAUGGCAAAUCCUCCUAUUGAAGAAAACUCUACACAUCAAUUCAUUUGGCAUUAAUUCAAUAUCAGUUACAAUUAAACAUUUCCUUGUUUAAUGACAUAUGAAAAGCCUGAAGUUCCUGGAAAAUGCAGGACUUAACAUCAGUUUCCGAAACACUUGUGAAGUGUUUGGGGUAUUUUCCUUUCCAUUGAACAGCUAAAAGUGAAACAGUGACAUCAAGAGACUUGAAAAAGAUGUACAUUUUAGCAGUUAGGAAUAAAUCAAAAAGUUCCUCCACUAUGGGGACUUCUUCAUUUUGAGGAAGGGCAGAUCAUUUGUUGGAAAAUCCUGGAUCCUGUCACUCACAAUUAUAAUGGGCCUAAUUCCAUCCCAUUUUUGUUAGAUGGUACCUCACUCCAUGACUUGCUUCAAUUCAACCCAUGGGACAAUCUGCAGAGUAAGAAACUACCCAUUGAUCAUGAGGGUGGCAGACUCAGACCUGUAGUGCUUUGUAUCAUACAGGUGUACUACAAACAAUGAGCCAAUUCUCUAACAG